UUGAUAUAUUUUAGCAGCAAGGGUAGUUAGCAGUGGUUAAUCUGUCCUUUGGAAUCGUACAUUUCAUCUGUUUAGUUGUUACAGUAAGCAAAACCCCCACACUCCAACCUCCCAACAAUCUGUAGUGCUUUUCCCACCAUUUCUGCAAAUAUACAGUUGGGUGAUUAAGGGUUUUCAUUUUUUCCCCUUUUCGAUUGCCUGAUCUGGACCAGCAUUUGAUGCUCUAAUGGUUCUGUAACGCCUUAUUUGGGGGAUAUGAAAACUUGUGUUGGCUGGAAGAUUUAAACCUUACCCGUUCGGCCGUUCUACUGUUUUGUGUAAUUGUAGUAGCAUUUGGUGCUUUUAGUGUGUUCUAUUCUAGUGUACCUAAAGUAAGCCAUAUUAUUGUGUGGAAAAAAAAAAUAAAAAAAAACUCAGCAGUGGGGGUUUGGGUCAAUUGAAUUUGAAAUCAGAAUGUUCACCAGUUCUUGAGCUCUGCUGAGAUUUCUGUAUUCAUUACUUUCAGCUUCUAUCAUGGCAUACAAGUUUCAAAUGAUCCUCUCUUGAACCUGACCAAUGGAAUUUUAUGCUUAUUUGGAUUGAAUGCAUAGUUAAUUGAGUAAGAGAUGCUGAUAUUUCGUUUCUUUUAAAGACAAAAGAAAAAGGGAAUCUGCUUUCCUUUUUUUUUUGUUAGUUUGAUGAGCUGUUAACUAAUGCCAUUCUUUUCUUGUUUGUCUCCUUUGUGCUCUGAAAGGUUCACUUUCUUGUCUGUAGGACAUUUUUUCACAUUAGAGUAGACGUGAUCUUAGGGUUUUAGAAGGCACAGGUAAGUUGCUUGUACCGUGUAGAUUGUAGAUUAUAUGCCUGGUACACUCGAUUUCUCCUUUUCCUUUGAUGCUGCAACUGAGCCAUUCUUUUGCUUUAAUCCCUACUUGGUUCUAUAAAGCUGCCAAGGUUAUUUGUUCCUUGUUGAGUCCUGCAAGAAAUUACCGGCUAUUUUUAGUCAAACCCACUUUGGCUUUACUUACAGAACUUCUCUUUUAAGCUAACUUAGCUAUUUCACUUGCAUUUGGGGGGAGACUGUGAAUUGGACUCGAAAUAGGUUGAAUUCAACAGAUUGGAAAAUUUAGUUAGUCUCGUUAGAGGACAUGGGUGCUGAUGAUAAUGGGGAUUUGGGGUUCCAACAGAGAUGUGGAAGCCUUCUGAAUUGUCCAUCUUCAGGGAUGUACGUGCCUGAGAAGGUUGUUGGGAUGACAGCAAGCUCAAUGUCCAUGUCUAAAUCUUCCAAUGUAGUGGACUCAUUCUUCCCUUCUCCUUGGGAUCCAUUUGUUUCACAGGCACAGAACGUGGAAUUCCAGGUUUCUUCUAUUGUUUCUCCCCAUCAAAUUACUACUUCAACUUAUGGUGUUGGUAUGCUGGAAAAUCGGGGAGUCAGCCCUCACCUUGUUCAGUUUCCAUCUGAUCCUAACCUUGUCGACCUAGCGCCCAAGCUUCCAUGUUUUGGUAGUGGGAGCUUCUCUGAUAUGGUUAGCUCCCUUGGCUUGCCAGAUUGUGACCAAAUUGUCAAUGCUGACUGUCUCGAUUACCCCUCCUCAAACAAGGAGGGUGAUACUGAGAAAACCGCAAGUUCAACGAAUGGUGCUAUUCACGCCAGAGUCUUCCAAGAGGACCAGCAGGACGACGGGGCUGGGGGACCUUCACCUAAUGGAAAGAAAAGGAAAAGAGUGCCUGAAAAUCAUUCUCAAUUUGAUACCAGUCAGGGACAGAGUUUGGAGGCUGAGCAGCAAAAGGACCUCUCACAGAAGACCUUAGAUGGUGCCAAUGAGCAGGAUGAGAAGAAACAGAAAAAUGAGCAGAACCCAGGUGCUAAUUCGCGUGGUAAGGUAACAGGUAAACAAGCUAAAGACCGGUCCCAGAAUGGGGACGCCCCAAAAGAAGAUUACAUUCAUGUAAGAGCAAGAAGAGGCCAGGCUACCAAUAGUCACAGCCUGGCAGAGAGGGUCAGAAGAGAAAAGAUCAGUGAGCGGAUGAGGUUUCUUCAAGAUCUUGUUCCAGGAUGCAACAAGGUUACUGGGAAGGCUGGAAUGCUUGAUGAAAUUAUCAAUUACGUGCAAUCAUUACAACGGCAGGUUGAGUUCCUGUCAAUGAAACUUGCCACUGUCAAUCCGGAGCUAAACAUUAACAUGGAACGAUUUCUAUCAAAAGAUAUGCUUCAUUCACGAGGUGGCAGUUCAAGUACUCCUGGAUUUGCUCCAGGAAUGAGCUCCUCUUUUCCACAACAGCACAUAACUCCAUCACAGGGUGCCUUGCCAGUAGUCCAGGGUACAAAUCCACAGUUAACCCCCAUUCCUCCGAUACCCGGUGCAUGGGAUGAUGAGCUUCAAGGUGUUAUCCAAUUGGGCUUCGUUCCUAACUCAACUCUGGACAAUAUUGGUCAUAAUGGUUGCAUGAAGGUGUAGUUAUAGAUGUCUUUUUGAAGUCAACUCCAUCAAAAAGGAAUCUCUGGACCAGUCUUCAUUUAAUCUUACAUUUAUUUAUUUUUUUCUGAAAAACCAGUAGAAAGUAAAAGAGAGUGAGAGAGAAUUUUUCGGAGUUGUAUAGUCCAUGGCUCCUAACCGUUUGUUCUUCGAGUUUUAGCAGAAGAAGGUGACUUGAUAGGCACACACACCAUGUAUAGUCAGACAGCAUAGGUUUACAUGACUUGGGGAGAUGAUUGUUUUUAUGGGUGCUAUAGUACAGAGGUAUGUGAGAAGCUUUGUGAGAGUUUUCAUAACCUGUAACAGAAAGAUUGUUAAUAGCGGGCACUAAAUUGAAACUUCUGAGCUUGAUUCUGUUACAAUAAAAGGGCAGAUGGGUUCCUCAUUUUUCCUCUUUUUUUUUCUCUUUUUUUUUUCGUUUUGUUUGUGUGCUUGUGUAGACUUGUAAUGCUAGAUCUAUUUGUAAUGGUAAAGAUGUCUAGUCUGAGACCCAUGGGGAUUGGUGAGUUAGAUCGAGUCAAGUAAAAUGUCUUCUUUGAGUUCUUUAACCAUUGUAUUUGUAAAUGUAACAUGGCCAACAUGCGAACCAUUCAAAACCA